CGGGCCGAGGCAGCCGCGCGGGGCCCUGCGGAGCGGCCCAGCCCCCGCCCAGCCGGGCAUUGUUCCCGGCCCGUCUCUGCCGGGAAGUUUCGGCCGCGUCCCGGCUCCGCUGCGUGCCGGGGCGGGGUGGGGGCAGGGGCCCGGAGCCCCUUUGUCGCCUCCUCCCCGGCGUGAGGCGGCCGGCGGAAGGGGGGGCGAGGCUCAACAUGAUGGCGGCCGAGGCCACGGGUGAGGAGGGCGGCUCGGGCGCUGAGGCCGGGACGGCGGGAGCCGCUGCCGCCGGGCAGCUGGGGCACUGCCCCGCCUUGUGCCGGGGCCGGGCGCCGGAGCCGCAAGGCCCCUUCCUUGUCGGCGGCAGCCCCCCAGGCGGGCCGGCUUUGUGCUCAGUUCUGGGGCUCCUGGAGCUCGGCGCGGGGUCAGCCCCUCCGGCGGCCGCUGGGGCUGCCGAGCCCGGCUUCCCCCCGCUGCCGCUGCCGCCGCCGCCGCCGCCGCCGCCCCCGUUGGCCGGGGGUCUGGGGACAGUGGACGAGGGAGACUCGCUGGACGGGCCGGAGUACGAGGAAGAGGAGGUGGCCAUUCCGCUCAACGCGCCCCCCACGAAUCAGUGGUAUCAUGGAAAGCUUGACAGAACGAUUGCAGAAGAACGUCUUCGACAAGCAGGAAAACCUGGAAGUUACCUUAUUCGAGAGAGUGAUCGGAGACCAGGUUCAUUUGUGCUUUCAUUCCUUAGUAAAACAAAUGUCAAUCAUUUUAGGAUUAUUGCCAUGUGUGGAGACUAUUAUAUUGGUGGGCGUCGCUUUGCUUCACUCUCAGACCUGAUCGGAUAUUACAGUCAUGUGUCCUGCUUGCUGAAAGGGGAAAAGCUCUUAUUUCCAGUAGCACCUCCAGAGCCCGUGGAAGACAGAAGGCGAGUUCGAGCAAUUCUACCUUACACCAAAGUGCCAGAAACUGAUGAAAUAAGUUUCCUUAAAGGAGACAUGUUUAUUGUCCAUAACGAGCUGGAAGAUGGCUGGAUGUGGGUUACCAAUGUACGGACAGAUGAACAAGGUCUCAUUGUGGAAGACCUGGUAGAAGAAGUGGGAAGAGAAGAAGAUCCCCAUGAAGGCAAAAUAUGGUUCCAUGGGAAGAUCUCCAAACAAGAAGCUUACAACUUGCUGAUGACAGUUGGUCAGGUGUGCAGUUUUCUUGUGAGGCCUUCAGAUAAUACCCCUGGUGAUUAUUCACUUUAUUUCCGGACCAGUGAAAAUAUUCAGCGUUUUAAAAUAUGUCCAACAUCAAACAAUCAGUUUAUGAUGGGAGGCAGAUACUAUAAUAGUAUUGCUGACAUCAUUGAGCACUACAGAAAAGAACAGAUUGUUGAAGGAUAUUACUUAAAAGAUCCUGUUCCAAUGCAGCACCAAGAACAAGUGCUUAAUGAUACAGUGGAUGGAAAAGAAAUCUACAACACAAUUCGUCGGAAAACAAAGGAUGCUUUUUAUAAAAAUAUUGUCAAAAAAGGUUAUCUUCUGAAAAAAAGUAAAGGAAAAAGAUGGAAAAACUUGUACUUUAUAUUAGAGGGAAAUGAUGCCCAACUUAUUUAUUUUGAAAGUGAAAAACGAGCCACAAAACCCAAAGGACUAAUAGACCUUAGCGUCUGUUCUGUCUAUGGAGUACAUGACAGUUUAUUUGGCAGGCCAAACUGUUUUCAGAUAGUAGUUCAGCACUUUAGUGAAGAGCAUUACAUCUUUUACUUUGCAGGCGAAACUCCAGAACAAGCACAGGACUGGAUGAAAGCUCUGCAGGUGUUUUGCAGUUUAAGAAAAACCAGUCCAGGAACAUCAAAUAAACGUCUGCGUCAGGUCAGCAGUCUCAUUUUGCAUGUAGAAGAAGCUCAUACGCUCCCAGUAAAGCAUUUUACAAAUCCAUAUUGUAAUAUCUACCUAAACAGUGUCCAGGUAGCAAAAACACACAUCAGGGAAGGACAGAAUCCUGUAUGGUCUGAAGAAUUUGUCUUUGAUGAUCUUUCAUCUGAUAUUAAUAGAUUUGAGAUAAGUCUUAGUAACAAAACAAAGAAAAGUAAAGAUCCAGAUAUAUUGUUUAUGCGUUGCCAAUUAAGCCGGUUACAAAAAGGACAUGCAACAGAUGAGUGGUUUCAGCUCAGUUCCCAUGUACCAUUAAAGGGUAUUGAGCCAGGAUCUUUGCGUGUUCGAGCACGAUAUUCCAUGGAGAAGAUCAUGCCAGAAGAAGAAUACAGUGAGUUUAAAGAGCUUAUACUCCAGAAAGAACUUCAUGUAGUCUAUGCCUUAUCACAUGUUUGUGGACAGGAUAGAACACUGUUGGCUGGCAUUUUACUGAAGAUUUUUCUUCAUGAAAAGCUUGAGUCCUUGUUGUUACGAACACUAAAUGACAGGGAGAUAAGUAUGGAAGAUGAAGCUACUACCUUGUUCCGUGCCACCACUUUAGCAAGCACACUUAUGGAGCAGUAUAUGAAAGCCACAGCAACAAGUUUUGUUCAUCAUGCGCUGAAAGACUCCAUAUUAAAGAUAAUGGAGAGCAAGCAGUCCUGUGAGUUAAAUCCCUCGAAGUUAGAAAAAAAUGAAGAUGUAAACACUAAUUUGGCACAUCUACUCAGUAUACUUUCAGAAUUGGUGGAGAAGAUAUUCAUGGCUGCAGAGAUACUACCCCCGACAUUGAGGUAUAUUUAUGGGUGCCUACAGAAGUCUGUUCAAAACAAAUGGCCAGCUAAUACUACCAUGAGAACCAGAGUUGUUAGUGGCUUUGUUUUUCUUCGACUGAUUUGUCCUGCUAUCCUGAACCCAAGGAUGUUUAAUAUCAUCUCAGAUUCUCCUUCCCCCACUGCUGCAAGGACACUGACGCUGGUCGCCAAGUCUGUGCAGAAUUUAGCAAAUCUGGUUGAAUUUGGAGCUAAGGAGCCAUAUAUGGAAGGGGUAAAUCCAUUCAUCAAGAGCAAUAAACAUCGCAUGAUCAUGUUCUUGGAUGAACUUGGGAAUGUUCCCGAGCUUCCAGACACUGCCGAGCACUCUCGAACUGACCUCUCCCGUGACCUGGCGGCCUUGCACGAGAUCUGCGUGGCACACUCAGAUGAGCUCCGGACACUCAGCAAUGAGCGAGGGGUGAUGCAGCACGUUCUUAAGAAGCUUUUGGCCAUUACUGAACUGCUACAACAAAAACAAAAUCAGUAUUCAGUGUCUAACAACAUCAGGUAGCAGCCCUAUACCUGAAUUCUGCAUGGAUCCAGCAUGCCCAACAUGGCAACUCUCACCAGUAUCACUUUCUUCUUGCUCUUGCCAAAAAUAGCACACCCUGUCACAUUCCCAGUGAUGUGUGAACUAUGCAAAAAGAAAACAAAGAUCCUGUUGGUGAAUGAUUGUACCAGCAGCUUUUUUUAAGCUAUCUGUGCAGGACAUUUGCACUUUUUUUUUCCACUUGGAAACCGUUUUCACAACCUCUGAGCCUUGGUGUACAGUUCAUCUUCCACAGAGAACAUGCUGUGACCGUGUCUAGGACUUUGAAAUUUUUCAGCACCUCUGCCAAAGUUUUUGCUGUCUGAUUGGAAAAGAAUCAUCAACUGACAUGAGAAGAAAGGCGUUGUUCUGACAACCACCUAUAACUGGAUAACAUUUUUUACUGUAAUUUCUGACUGGUUACAAUAAUUAUGACUUUUGACUGUUUCAACCACUUUUGACUUGUAUUUACAGUUUCCAGAACUUGAUGUUAUGGUAGGAACAACCUUUACUGUACACUUUUUAUACCAUGCUGUUUCUCUUGCUGGAAUGACAUUUGAAAGAGAAUAUGCAGAAUGGGUCUUGUCAGCUUUAUUUUUUUGAUGUACCACUGAUUCAGUCUGAAUAGUUCUUCCAUCAAGAACCGUAUAUCCAGAUAAAUCACAAUGCUUUUGUAAAAUGUUUACAACAGUAAAUAAUUUGAAUUCAGUAAAUUUAUUGAUUAUAUCAGACAUGCAUGCAUUCAUUAAAACAUUUUAUAAAAUAGGUAUUGUUUGGUCUUUUUUGUACUGUAAGUCUAGCAUAAAUAUUAUUUUUAUAAGUGAAAAUAAGUUUUUAAAAUAAAUCAAGCUGCAUAUCUCUGUCUCUAUGGAAACUGGCUAA